AUGCCUUGGUUGUCUGCGUCUGUGCCCCUUCUGAUCCUAGGGCUAGACGGAGCCGCCCGGCAUGGUGCUGUGUUCCAUCAGCUGGCAGACGAUGGCCGGAUUGCACAAGCCCUCACCGAGAUGCAGUCUGCAGUCGCGCACCAACACCGAAGCGAAGCUUCCGGAAGCUUCGGCCCAAGAUACAGCUACUUGUACGUGCCGAUGUGGCAUCCUUGGCCCCUGUGCCCCAACUGCCCCAACCUCAUGUGCCCGGUGUCCCCUGCGUUCGCGGAAGCCUGGAGAUGCCUGGGAGCCCUUGCCUUGCGAAGGGCGCCGCGGGCCAUGAGGGCCACACGGGCCACGCGGGCGCUGCUGCAGCAUCCACAGGCUGCUCAGCACAAGCUGGAGGAACGGCUGGAGCGCAGCUCAGGCGCUUGGUGA